AUGGCUCCGACGAUCAGAACCAUCACUAAUUACGGUACUCACCAAGAGUUCUCUGUCGAUUUCUUUGGAGACGACUUGAUCGUCACCCAAACCGAGACUCCCUCCGUCAUCAGGCGAUGGAUCCGAGAUGUCGUCUUCUUCCACCGUCGCUCGCGCAUUUGUAACCCUCUCGUGGUUGGACUCGGCGUCUACUGGACACCGGCAGAUUAUCACUCCGACACUCCAUCUGAUAGUUAUCACUCCAAUAAUCCAUCGGAUUAUCACUCCGACUCUUCUUCACCAGAUCGUUACUACGCCGAUUCUCAUCCGGCGAGGUACGAUUCUCCGCCGGCGAGAUACGAUCCUCCGGCGGAGACUCUCCAGUUAUGCGUGGGUAAACGGUGUAUCCUCAUCAAGUUGUCUCACUGUAGCCGUGUCCCUGAUGUCCUCCGCAACUUCCUGACGAACCCAAACACAACUUUCGUCGGUGUUUGGAAUAGUCAAGACGCGAAAAGGCUAGGACUAUCUAGACAUCAGCUGGAGAUCGGAAAACUUAUAGACAUAGUGAGUACGCUAGAGAUCCUGAUGGUGGGAGUCUGA